CCCAUGAGCAUCCAUCCACGCCACACACCACACACAGCCCGCCGCGGGCUACCAUGCGCACACAGACGGCAAUGGCGACCACCCUCCUCUUCCUCGCGCUGCUCCUCGUCCCGCACCUCGCCGCGGCUACGCCCGGCCACCAGCGCCGGCUGCUCCAGAGCCACGGCGCCGACGACGGCAGCGACGUCUUGGUCGACCCGUCCUACGCCUUCGCCAACCCGCGCCUCCGCGACGCCUACGUCGCGCUGCAGGCCUGGAAGCGCGCCAUCCUCUCCGACCCGCGCAACCUCACCGCCUCCUGGUCCGGCCCCGACGUCUGCUCCUACUACGGCGUCUUCUGCGCGCCGUCCCAGGCGGACCACUACCUCACCGUCGUCGCCGCCGUCGACCUCAACCACGCCGACCUCGCCGGCCACCUCCCGGAGGCGCUCGGCAGGCUCGCCGACCUCUCCGUCUUCCACGUCAACUCCAACCGCUUCUGCGGCCUCGUGCCGGCCUCCUUCCACGCCAUGCACCUCCUCCACGAGCUCGACCUCAGCAACAACCGCCUCGUCGGCGCCUUCCCCGACGUCGUGCUCCGCCUGCCCAGCCUCAGGUACCUCGACCUCCGCUACAACGAGUUCGAGGGCCCCGUGCCCAAAGAGCUCUUCGACCUCCCGCUCGACGCCAUCUUCAUCAACUCCAACCGCUUCCGCUUCCAGAUCCCCGACAACGUCGGCAACUCGCCGGCGUCUGUCCUCGUGCUCGCCAACAACGACUUCGGCGGCUGCCUCCCGGCCUCCGUCGCCAACAUGUCCGGCACGCUCAACGAGAUCAUACUCAUGAACACCGGGCUCAAGUCCUGCGUCCCCCCGGAGCUCGGCAUGCUCACCGCCCUCACCGUGCUCGACGUCAGCCACAACCAGCUCAUGGGCGCCAUCCCCGCCGAGCUCGCCAACCUCCACAGCAUCGAGCAGCUCGACCUUGGUCACAACCGCCUCAGUGGCGACGUGCCGGAGGGCAUCUGCCACCUGCCGCAUCUCCAGAACUUCACCUACUCCUACAACUACAUCACCGGCGAGCCGCCGGUGUGCAUGCACGUCAAGGCAUUGGACGAUCGCCGGAACUGCAUCCCGAACCGCCCUGACCAGAGGUCAACCGAACAGUGCCAAUUCUUCAACAGCAACCAUGUCAAGUGCGACGCCUUUAGGUGCAAGAAGUUCGUGUUGCCGUCACCGCCACCUCCUCCGCCUUCACCACCGCCACCAACCCCAUCUCCUCCGCCACCUUCACCUUCACCACCGCCGCCGUCGCCUCCUCCACCAACCCCGUCUCCUCCGCCACCUUCACCACCGCCGCCGUCGCCUCCUCCACCAACCGCGUCUCCUCCACCACCUUCACCUCCACCCCCGUCCCCAUCACCCCCACCUCCGUACUACGAGCCGACAACGCCUCCCCGUUACGACGUGCCAGCUCCCUACUACGAGGUGUCACCGGAGGACCGGUACCACUCACCGCCACCCCAAGCUUACCAAGAGUCUCCACCUCCGCCCUACUACGAGGUGUCACCGGAGGACCGGUACCUGUCGCCGCCACCGCCAGAGUACGAAGAGCCGACAACACCGCCCCACUACGACCUACCAGCGCCGCCCAACUACGAGGUGUCACCGGAGGACCGGCACCUCUCGCCGCCACCACCGACGACGUGGAAGAUGCCGGCGUACGACUACUCGUCGCCGCCUCCACCGGCUGCCGGGCAGCCAUGA